GUUAGAUGGAAAAAAAGCAAAGUGUAAUUGUUAAGAUCGCAUCGCACAGCUGAAGCAACACUUGCGGUACACACACAGAAAAAUGGCCAGUCUGAAGAUUUAUUUUGUUUUGCUCUUGGCCGUUGCAAUCGGCGUGGUGGUUGCAAAACCGGGAUACUUGGGAGGUUACGGAUACGGAUAUGGUCAUGGAUUUUAUCCGUAUUCCUACGGUUAUAAAUUCCCAUUCUAUGGUUACGGACACGGAUAUGGUCAUGGAUAUGGUCAUGGUUNUGGAUACGGAUAUCCAUUCUACGGCGGCUACGGCGGCUACGGUCAUUACGGCGGCUACUAUUAAAAAGAACACAAAGCGAGAAAUUUCUUCUAAACUCUAUCCUGGAAGAUCAUCCGAACCGUGAGCUGAACUCAAAGAUGAUCUAUGUCGCUUUUGGUCUAAUAUAUAGUUUUGUAAAACUGAUUUUUGUUAAAAUAAGUUUAAUGUCUGUAUAUUAAAAAAAAAUUUUUUAAACGAUAAAAAACUUCAGAACAUUAUAAAUAAUACAUAUAAAAUUACUCUUUAUUACAGAUAUGAUAUAUUAAUGACACAAUAAAUUAGACAUAAAAAAGCAAAUUAUCACUAACAUCAUUUGUAU